AUGUUCGAUGAAUCAAAACACUACACUGGCAUCUUCCUCAAGCCUUCUGAAUACGCCCACAAUGCAGCCCCAGGUCUCCUUAACAAGACAAGCAACUCAGACGGUUACAAGGCCCUGGAAGAUGCAAGACUAUAUUUUUCCCAAACCCCCCCCCUUUAG